GCAGAAAGACAGGGCAUUAUUAAUAUUAUUGUUUAGUCUGAGGUUACUACGUUGCUGCAUAUUGAUAGACGACAUGAAGGAAAACUGGAGAAAACAAGGUGGCUCAGCGGCUUCUCCAUGUGCGGCAUGCAAGCUGCUGAGGAGGAGGUGCGCCAAAGACUGUGUUUUUGCUCCGUAUUUCCCGGCGGAUGAACCUCACAAGUUUGCCAGUGUGCAUAAGGUCUUCGGAGCUAGCAAUGUCAACAAGCUGCUACAGGAUUUACCGGAGCAUCAGCGAGGCGACGCGGUGAGUUCGAUGGUGUACGAGGCAAACGCUAGGAUGAGGGAUCCGGUUUACGGUUGUGUCGGAGCUAUAUCGUCUCUGCAGCAGCAGGUUGACGCCCUCCAAACACAGCUCGCCAUUACGCAAGCUGAGGCGGUGCACAUGAGGAUGCGCCACCCCUUCUCCUCCUCCUACUCGCCGGAAAACGCAUCGCCGUCGUCGUCCAGGAACGCUCAUACUACUCACGGCGGCGACCCUUUCGGCACCGACAUGGCGGUGGACCAAAACAAUGUUGGGGAUUCCUUCUGGUGA